GAACAUUUAAUAAAGUCACGGAGUGUAGCCCGCUUUGUUUAUAAAUCAAAUCUGGGUGCUUGGAGAAAUCAGUCUGUAAUAUCAUUACGAUCGAUCAACUUUCCCAGAGAGAAUUUGGUGAUUUUUACGGAAAGAAAUAUUUAAAGUGAUACAAUAAUAAGGACAUUGAGGCUGGUUCUGGGACUAUCCCAAGCACGCGGACGGAUACAGAUGACAAGAGGCCAAAUACAAACCUUCUUAAUCUGAUAAGACAUCAAGGCUACCUCGGUAAACAUUUCUUGGACAAAAUUAUAGAAUGGACAGAGAAAUAUCCGACCAUGUUUCUGUUGUGGAUAGGACCUGCAACUGUUAGGGUGGUACUAAAUCAUCCUGAUAGUCUCAAACAGAUACUGAGAACGGCAGAUCCAAAACCAGUUGGAUACGGCCAGGCGUACAGACAUGGAAUUCCAUGGUUAGGAGAGGGACUCCUGAUUGCGGGGGGUGCCAAAUGGAAGCGCUCCAGACGUCUGCUUACUCCAGCCUUCCAUUUUGACAUCCUGAAACCUUACGUGAAAGUCUACAAGACCUGUGCUGAUCAACUAGUGAAAAACAUUCAAACGUUCGCUGACCGGAAGGAGAGCGCUGAAGUGUUUGGAUUGGUCAGCGGCUGUACACUGGACAUCAUUCUGCAGUGCGCGUUCUCCUACGAGACAGACUGCCAGAACCUCCUUAGGAACGACAACCGAUACGUUACCACUGUGUAUGAAAUAGCCACAGAAUGGACACGUAGAAACACCUGUCCGUGGCUUUAUUCGGACUUAUUCUAUUUCAAUACGAAAAUGGGGAAACAAUUCAAAAGUCAUUGUGAUUAUGUACACACCGUAGCAGAUGACAUUAUUGCAAAGAGACGGAGAGCUCUGGAAGACGCAGAUUUGUCUGAAAGGAAAUACCUGGACUUUCUGGACAUUUUGUUAACAGCCAAAGAUGGGGAUGGGCAAGGAAUGUCCAUAGAGGAUAUUCGAAGUGAGGUGGAUACCUUUUUGUUUGAAGGUCAUGAUACUACAGCAAGCGCCAUCUCGUGGAUUCUGUACUCAUUGGCUGAACAUCCUGAACAUCAGAUGAAAUGUCAGGAGGAAAUCGACAGAGUGGUCAGUGAAACAGAGUCUGGAGAGCUUGAGUGGAACGACCUUGAUAGACUGGAGUAUCUCACACAAUGUAUCAAAGAAGGAAUGCGUCUCCACUCACCUGUACCAGGGAUCUUAAGAGAAAAUCAAGCUCCAAUUAAGGUCGAUAACCACGUUAUACCAACCGGAAGUUGUUUAACAAUUUCAAUUUAUUGUCUGCAUCACAAUCCCACUGUGUGGGGACAAGACCAUAUGGAUUUCAGACCCGAAAGGUUCUCCAAAGAAAAUGUACGGAAGAUGGACCCCUUUGCAUAUUGUCCUUUUUCUGCGGGACCGAGGAAUUGUAUAGGACAGAACUUUGCAAUGGCUGAAGAGAAGAUGGUAUUGGCGACGCUUUUACAAAGAUUUACCUUUUCUGUCGACAAAACACACAUGGUCGAGAAACUGCUGGCGGCGGUCAUGAGAGCAAGGAACGGGAUCAAGUUGUUCGCUUCUCCCAGAUAAUUAACGCUGUUUUAAAACUAUGUUUUCUAAAUCUGAAAAGUCUUAAUUCACAUUGCAUAAGUUACAAAAGCAUUUAUGGUACAUGAUUGUAUACGUUUCAAAAGUUUUUAUAUUAAAACUUAAUAAAGCUGCA